AUGGAUUUCUCUGUGGAAAAUCUUUCCUUGCUGGAUUUUAUCUUUGAUUUUCAAUGGAAUUCUAAUGCUCUUAGUAAUUUCAUGGGUCCCAAUGCUGACCUAAAUUGGCUUACCAAGGUCCAAAUCUCUUUUGAUUUGGAAAAUUCUUGGAUCUUGUGGCCCAAAACCCCUCAUACUUCUGUGGUCUCUGCUGUUUAUUCCACUCUUAAUGAUGACUCGACUGUUGCCCAUUGGCAUGGUUGGCGGCAAAUUUGGCAGCUUGUGGUUGCUCCGAGGGUGAGAACCUUUGUUUGGAGACUGGCACAUUCACGUCUUCCAACUUGUGAUAUUUUUUACAAUUUAAACUUUGGACCUCAAACUCAUUGCGUAUUAUGCAACCUGGUCCCUGAAACUACCCACCAUAUCUUUUGGGACUCCUGCAAAACUCUAAGCUGCUGGAGCAACAUUUUGAAUUCCCUGGGCUUGUCUCUUUCAAGCAUGAAUAUUCUAUCCACUGGUGCUUGGCUUGUCUCUCAUUUCAACCACUGGAGUGACCAUCAAUUUGUUAAAGCUGUCAUCGCCUUCUCACUCUGGCUGAUCUGGAAAGCUCGCUGCAAUGCCAUUUUCAAGAAAAUUUCCCCUAAUUUUAACUUGAUUCCUACUCAAGCUCGGUGCCUUGCUAAGGAAUACUCCAAGAAGCCGAAUAAAUUUCUCAGGGAUGUUUAUUCUUGCACUCUCAACCCUUCUGUUUCCAUCUUUUCUGAUGCUUCUUGGAUCAAUGAUACUUGUAAUGCCGGCUUGGGUUUUUUAAUCACCAUUGAUAACAAUAAUCUCUUAUUGGCAGGCUCUGUCGCUGCCCCCCUUGACUCCCCGAUUCAAGCUGAAGCUGCUGCCAUGAUUUUGGCCUUGGAGGAAUGCAUCAAACGUCGCUGGUGGCCUUCUACCAUCUUCUCUGACUGCAUUGGCCUCCUCAACCUGAUUAAGAACUUCCAAAUUUCGGUAGCCUGGCACCUUGACUUGGAAGCUCGGCGGCUCCGCUCUCUUCUUCAUCAGCUUCAGAACCCAAAUCUUGAAUACAUUCCCAGAGAAGACAACCUUGUUGCUGAUGCCCUUUCGAAGCAUGCCCACCUCAACCCUGAGCUAUCUCUUUUUGCUAAGGGAAUGCAACUUCCCUUCUGGUUUUUCAAUGCUUGCUCCUCUAUGAACAUUGCUCCUUAG